AUGGGUUCGACUGCUGCAUUCGAUAAACAUGCCAAAACCUCCAAUCUUCGAGCUAAUACAAUCGAUCUCGGUUACUCUACAUUGACUAUCGAUGGAACAGUAAUUGCUUUGAUCGACUGUCCUGGACAUGCGUCAUUAAUCAGGUCAGUGCUUGCAGCGUCAUCAGUUUUUGAUAUGGCAAUUGUUGUGAUAGAUAGCAGCAAAGGAAUUGAACAACAAACCGCUGAACAUCUCCUCCUUGUAUCGCUUUUCUGUCCAGACCAUGUUAUUCUUGUCAUUAACAAGAUUGAUUUAGUAGACAAGAAAACAGUGGAGCAAAUGACGAGGCGCUGCAGAAAGGUAGCAUCUAGCUUGAAGAUAAACUCAAAUUUACAAGUUGUACCAAUAUCGUUAAUGGAGUAUAAAGAGGAAGGGGUUAUGGCAUUAAUGAAUGCUUUGCAUUUGGCUCUAUACGCACCUCAACGAGUUUCUUCUGGUCAUUUCAUGAUGUUUAUUGAUCAUUGCUUUUCUAUUAAAGGCAAAGGCACAGUAAUGACAGGCACUGUUGUCGAUGGAAUAUGCAAAGUUGGAAUGGACGUAGAAAUAGCAGCUUUACAGGAAAAGCGUAAAAUCAAAAGUAUGCAACGUUGGAAAGAAGAUGUGUGUAGUGCAGGAGUGGGAGAUCGAGCAGCUCUAUUAUUCCACAAUGUUUCUGGCAAAGAUAUCAAUCGGACGAUUAUAUAUGAACCAGGAACACUGCACCGUGUGCAAUUCUUGUUGGUCAGUGUAAAUCGGGUAGUCCAUUUCCAAGGAAUUCUUCGUCAGGGCUCCAAAUUACAUGUUUCAACUGGUUUCGAUACUGUCAUUGGACAGUGUCAGUUCUUAGCCUCAGCACUUCCCGAAGAACAGGAUCAUUAUGAAGUGGUACAGGAACUGGAUGAAACUGUAAAGUUUGCAAUACUCAGCUUGGAACAAUUUGUAUACACAAAAGAGGGUAGCUUUUUUAUUACAUCCAGAUUAGAUUACCAAGGUAAAGGUUGUCGGUUUGUCUUCUAUGGCACAUUUUUGAAAUUGCUUAAUAACGAAAGACAGAUAUGUCGAUUUCGGCGGAAGAAAAAAGUUGGAAAAGUUGAACGAAUCGAAAAUGAACGAAGCAUAAUUUGCAAUUCUCUGUUCAAGAAAGAAACGAACGUUGAUACAUACUGUAAAAUGAACGUUUAUCUUUCUACUGGUGAGGUAGGUCGUUUAGAAUCUGCAUUCGGGAAAAGUGGAAAAGUUCGGAUAUCAUUUCUAGAGGACUUGCCAGAGAGUACGAUGACUGCCUAUAAAAAUGGAUUGGAAAUACAAGUGGUACUAUAUUUCAAAAAAUUUUUAAAUGACGGAAAAAUCAAAAUAGAUCGCAUGUUGAAAAUUUCACUCCGUUUCACAUUAAUUCGACGAGUUGCAACUUUGUCAUUUUACAAAAGCAGCCAUUCACUAAGUUCAACUUCAAAUGGGCGAUCUCAUAAAUUAGUGAAUAUAAAUAUACGUGCCGAAGCAACAAAUAAAGGAAAACCAUACGUAAAAAUCAUUAGCGGAACGGCAGGAAAUCCGACCAAUAAUGAGGAUGCUAACUUUUCGAAAAAGGGAUAUAUCGAGAUUUGGAGGAAGCCAAGAAGAAGAGAACAAACGCACACUACAAAAACACUAUGGGAUAUGCGGGAAGAUAUUGAUAAGUUAGCGAAGACAUUGCACAGAUUAAAGACGAAUGAAAAAGGUCAGCCACAAAAGUCACCGGAAGUAGCUGUUAGUAAGCAGAAAUAUGAAGAAGAAGAGCUUAGGUUGAGUACAUACGUAGAUAGUUCCGUCGAGCGCCUUUCAUUUGUUGUACGCACUCCUGAUCGGCGAGUUCUUAUUAAGAAAUUUACUGGAAUUACUAUUUCCAGAACUAUUCUGGAAAUGUUGCGGGAUCGGAAAGUGCGUAUCAACGAAGUCGUCACUUAUGAUUUUGCAAUUGUUUGCAAACCAAUGGAUACAUUGGAUAUUUGGAAAGGAGAAUUUGAGGAGAAUCCGGCAUUUGCCCGAGUAGACCGCUUUCAGAUCCUUCAUAUUUUAUGUUCUUCCUGUUAUCAACAUUUUACCGUGCACGCCAUAGCUCUUAGGGAUAUUUUGAUCGAAAAUUGGUUUCCGUGGGAAAUUCCAAAAGUCGAAAAUCACUAG